AAAAAUACAAACUGAGUCUAGAGAAGAAUCGACUUCUCCAAUGGUAUAGUCAACAAAAACAAGAAAAAGAUGAGAUGGCUAAAGAUAAAAAUGAACUGCUUCAAGACAAACUUGAACUAGAAAAGGAGAAAAAUGACCUACUCCAGGAGAACAAGCAACUAAAACAACAAAACUGCAAUCUGUAUCAAGAGAAAUUGAAAUUACAAGAAGAGAAGGAUUUACUAGAAAGGAAAAACAAAGAACUGGAAGAUGAAAGAGUGGAAAAAGAAAAACAGAUAUCAGAACUUCGGGCAAUAAUAAGUACAGUGGAGGCCAAUAAGUCAAAGUGUCCGCCAGGAUGGCAGAGGUUUAUGUCGAGUUGCUACCAGCUUUCUGCUGAGGCAAACACCUGGAUGUAUGCCAAACAAAACUGUGAGAGCAAAGGAGCUCAACUCAUGAUGCUGAAUGAUGAGACAGAACAGAGACCUUUUAUUGGAGGAGUGUUAAAAAUCUGGAUCGGCCUGUAUGGUAAAAUAGAGAAGAAUACCUUAAUUUGGUAUCUGAGGGGGGUAGAUGGAAGACUGCUGAAAUCAGGUGGACCAAACACCCCAAAGCCAAAAUUUUGGGCUAUCUCCUCCCAACAUUGUGUUUACAUCGAUCAGAGUCUUCCAUGCAUGAAGACUUGGUCGAUGGGAAGCUGUAUGGAAAAAUUCUUUUGGAUCUGUGAAACGCCAAUGGUUGUAGAUCUUCUUGAGAUGUGAAGAAAUCGAUAUCUUUCUAAACAACCCUGCCAAACUUUUAUUUUAAACACAUUGUAUUUACUUCCUGUUAUUGUUGGCUGAACAGACCAAACUCAGCCCAAAUCCUCAUUAUUACAAAAACUUCUUUUUCUUUUCUAUUGCCCCAGUUACUAUGUUUUUGACCUUGUGUCGUUUGGGACACAAACUGCCUGAUACCCUCCAUUAAGGUUUGUAAUAAAAAAUUCACAAUUUAAAUGGUAAAAAAAAAUUACUCUUACUGGUUGAUUUUCCAAGAGCAAAUGCGUCAUCAUUUGAGGUGUUUGGUAAAUUUCCUGUCAGUUAACUGAUAGUUAUUUCCUGUCUAUAUAUUUUUCAUGUCUUUUUUUUUUUCUUUUCCUGUUUCUGGUGACAAAAAUGCAAUUUUUGUGCAGCACCAAAUAAGACAUGAUGACUUUUACAACCCCACACUAAUAUCAGGGAGACUUCAACUGCUAGAGCAGUCAAAGACAGAACCUUUCCUAGGGUGUAAGAGUGUAAGAAUGGAAGUAAGAAACUAUGUGAAUGUACCAGUCAACAGAGGGAUGGUCAAGGCUAGAGGAAGUAAUAAAAUUCUUCAGAUUGUCGGAGUCAGCUUUGUUCUGUUCUGUAUCAUACGAUCAGCUCUCAACAUUUAUUUUUGGCAGCAA